CUGGAGCUGUGAAGCGAUUUGGACUUGCAGCAGAAAAGGUGGGACUUUCCUCUCUGUUCUUUCUUGCAGCUCCAAUGGGCAGCAGGCACAUUGCUCAGCUAUGAGCGCCUAAAGGCCACGCCGCGUUUGAAGGCAUUCACCAACGUGUCAGCUGAGGAGAACAGCUGAGCGAACAAUCUCCACUCUCAGAGGUUAUAAUAUUGGGCCGCGCUGCAGAAGUUUGCUGAAGUUCAGACAGCAUGGCUUCAGGAUCGGAGGGAGACGAUGGAGGCAUUCCCCUGGACAUCGACAAUGUCCACAUGCUCCUCCAAGUGGAGCAUGAGCAGAUCCAGAAAAGGACAUUUACCAACUGGAUAAACGCUCAGCUUGCCAAGAGAUGUUCACCUUCCUACGUGUCAGACUUAUUUUCGGACCUCAGAGACGGCUCACGGCUUCUGGACCUGUUGGAAGUGAUGAGCGGUCAGUCGAUGAAAAGACAAAGAGGUCGAGGAGUUUUCCAGCAGAGGGCCAACGUUGAGACGGCUCUGGACUUUCUCAAGAAAAAAUCUAUCAAGCUGGUGAACAUAAACAUCCCAGACAUCAUAGACGGACGUCCAUCCAUCAUCCUUGGCCUUGUAUGGAUCAUCAUCCUCCGCUGUCAUAUUGAGGAGUUGGCCAGUGCGUUGUCCUUUAGCUCCCGUCAUUCCUCCCUGGACUCUGUGUCGAGCCUGGACUCCUGGUCCGGCAGCCCGGUCCCGGCCGGUUCGGUCCCUGCCGGGCGGAUAUCACCUCUGCACAGGCGCUUCCGUGUCUCUGCCAAAAAGGCCCUGCUCAUGUGGGUCAGAGACCAAUGCAAAAAGGUUCACUGCACCAUCAAUGUGAAAGACUUUAAGUCCAGCUGGAGAAGUGGGGAGGCCUUCCUGGCCAUCCUGUGCUCGCUCCGACCAGAGCUGGUGGAUCUUUCACGGGUCCAGACCCGAAGCAACCAGGAGAACCUGGAGGAAGCUUUUCACCUGGCUGAGAGGGAACUCCACAUCCCUCGCCUCCUGGAGCCCCAAGAUGUUGACGUUAAAGAUCCGGAUGAGAAGUCUAUUAUGACGUAUGUGGCCCAGUUUCUGCAGUACUCCAACGAUCUGCCGUCGCCUGAUGAUCAUCUGCAGCUGUUUCCUUCAGUUUUCUACCCUGAGAAUUUGCAUGCUCACUUCGCUCCAGCAGCUGCUGUCUCACCAUUACACACGGCGUCACCGAGCGAGCGAGCGCAGGAUGUGACCCGUUGGCUGCAGCAGGCCUGGCAGGAGCUUUCAGAAACAUGGACAGCCACAGAGGGAUCAAAUUAUGCAGAAAAAUAUCAGGUAUACGAGAGCCUCACUGCUUCGUUUGAUGAGCAGAGGCGAUCAGUUAUGAAGCUCCUUGCAGCAGCAAGGCGCCGCUCAGAUCUAAAUCAAGAACAGCAAGCGCUGAGGACAGCGUGGGAUCGGCUGGAGGAAGAGCUGCGGCGGUGUGAAGCGGACCUGGAGCGGACUCUUCCUCCUCCUCUGGACUCGGUUGUGUUGUGGCUGCAGAGAGGAGAGGCGGCGCUGAAAGACGACGGCGAGACGACCAAAGGUCAUGCGGAGGCCGCUAAACAUGCAAGAGCAAAACAAGACCAACUAAAGACAUUAAUCAAGGAGAUGAAUCAUUAUGUGACGCUCACCGACUCGUUCCACAACGAUUCAGGGAGUAUGAAGGUGCCUUCGGAGAAGCUGGAUGACAUUAAGAACCGUUUGAUUGACAUCCGAGUCACCACAAAAUACAAAAUAAUAAAGCUGGAAUAUGAGGAAUGGCGUCACACGGUCCUGGAUCUUCUGGGAGUCAUGGAGGCAAAGGUCCGGUCCUGGAGAACUCCGUACGGAUCUCAGCAGUCCGUUCAGGUUCUUCUGCUUGACUGGCAUGAAGCAGUGGAGCGCCGAGGUUUGCUCUUGAUUCUGACUGACGCUCUGCAAAGCCUGAAGGACAAGAUGGACGUUUACACCAGCAAACCGUCUCUAGGUGGAGAUUUGCAGCGUGUCACUCGUCAGGUGAAGGAAGCAGAAAGCGAAUCAGAGCGGGUCAAACAGAUGACAGCGGCUGCUAAAGAUAUGAUGGAGAGAGUGGCGUCUGCAUGGGACGUGUACAACAAGAACCUCGACUCUCUUGAGACGUGGCUGGUUCAACCUUCAGCUGCAGAGACACCGGAUAUGAGCGAGUGGAGUUCAUGUCAUGCUCGGUUGAAUGAGGCGGGAAACUUCCUAAUUGAAAUGACAGAAGCUUCAAUCAGCUCCAGUUUGGUGAAGCAACUCAGCAAAGUCAACUUGCAGUGGGCCGAACGCAUGAAGAAGACUGUGUUUGAAACACAAUCAGAACCUAAAGUUGGUUCCUCUUCUGUUCUGAUGUUGGAUUCGCUAACACAGGAGGCAGGUUUGCUCCUGAGACAGCCUCUGGAUGUAGCUUCAGUCCCCCUGAAGGCCUUCAGACAAAAACUACAGUCCAUGAGAACAAAGAUCGGAGAGGCGGAUGCAUCAUCCAACAUCCCUUCUGCAGACCUUCAAAAGGGCCAAAGAGAAAACCUUCAGCAAACUCUCCUAAAGCUUGUUGAGGCGGAGAGACGCUGUGGGGCUCUGCAGAGGGCCGCGUCCCAACUGGAGGGGCGUGUGGCUGAACUCGAUCACUGGAGCAGCGAAGCUCCGGACGGUUACGAUCAGCUGAUGGAGAGGAAACACAGAGGAGGACAGUCUGCUGCCAAAGUGUUGAUCUCUCGGGGGUUGCAGCUGGUGCAGCAGGUGGUUGCAGAGUGGCAGCAUCUGGAAGCUUUUGUUGCAGAACAACAGGAAACUUCUCCUUUGCAGACUUUCAGUACUGCUGACAUGCAGGACAGGGUUGCAGCUGCAAUCUCCCAAAGCCAGGAGAUACUUGCAAAGUUUAGUUCCUGUGGUUUCAAGCAGCAAGUUGGAGACUUCUGUGAACAGAUGCAACCAGUCGAAACUCUCCAUCCAGACACUGGAUCAUAUGUUCUGGCCAAAACCAAACAGACUGUUAAACUGCAAACUCCAGAAGUGAUUCAGCUUCCUGAUCUGGGGGCGAGACAUCGCCAGGAUUCAAAGCAAAGCACGGAAGACAGGAAGGGCUCUGCGUCCCACGUAAAAAUAAAAACAAUCCCUCAACCUGUGACGGUUCCAGUCCUGCAGAGUCAAACCGAGAAUCCUGCAGCGGGGUCGACAGAGAUCAAGUCCAGAACAGCGUCGCAACCGAACACCACACAGGAACCGACACGCACACAGCCGCCGCUCAUGAGCCACAGUGAGGUUCAUUGCAAAGCCCAGUCGAUGGCCAGGAGUCGCCUGGAAAAGGCCAGGCUUCGUCUGCAGGGACGCAUCCAGCAAGCCAUGAAGUUAUUCAGUGGCAGAGAGACGACCGAGUCACAAAUAAAAAAAAAACAGAAAGCUCUAAACACGCUGCAGCCGGCCUUGCUCGAUGAGUUCCUGGGUGCAGCUGAAGCUUUCGGGGCCUUCUGUUCGGGGCCUCGGCUGCAGGACUUGCUGCUUCUCUCUGAGUCAGUCCGAAAUCAGUGGGAGGAUGUGCGCAGAGAAAUGGCUGACUUUAUUUCCAUCCAGGCGUCUAAAAUCAGGGAAGUAAAGCAGCCAUUCGCUGCUUGUGACAUUUUUACUAAUGCUCUGCAUGACGCUGCUGACCAGACUGACCACAGUUACUUGCAACAGAACCAUAAGGCGGUCACCCAGGAGGCUGCGUCUGUGGAGGAACGCUUUGGAUCUCUCCGAGAACUGGGCGAGACUUUGACAACAGGCUCUGCAGCAGAGCAGCAGACAGAGCCUGGAAAAGUGCAGAAAACUCAAAUCAAGAGGGGUCAGCAGCCCGCGGUGAACCCCCCGCCGAGUCCGGCCGACACGCAGCCGGGCUGCAGUCUCGCUCCGGAGCGCGGCCUGGACGGAGCGCAACAAGACAUUUCGCCCUCAGGAAAGGCAGCGCACGCUCAAAGAGCCGACGACGCCCUGCGGCCGCGGGUCCGGGACGUCCCGGCGGGGACCGAGGACCACCUGAGGCAGAACCGAGGAGACGGGCGGGAGGAGAAGCAGAAGCCUUCACUUCGGGCUCAAGAGCAGCUGCUGCGGGCUCACCUGCUGCACAUCACAGGGGCUCCGACUCAUAUACAGGCCGUUGUGGGGAGCAACACUGUGGAGAGCAAACAGCAGGCAGAAUGGACCGUCAUCCCAGAACCGGACCUGCCACCCGGGCUGGAGCGGGCCUCUGAACAGGACGCAACGGGAAGAAUGGUUCCCCUGAAAAGUACCUCCGACCCGAUGGAUUCUGCAGACGAUCAGACGACAAUAAUCGCGGAAAAGCUAAACCGGAUCAUCAUGCAGCCUUUGGACGUCUCCUCUCUGGCGUUGGAUGAAUCCUCACUGUUUUCUGAUCUGAAGGAGAUGGAUGAAACGCUGCAGGAUGAGAUGAGAAGGCUUUCAGAGCAGGAACGGCGAGGGCCGGGAGCCACAAGGCAGCCAUUCCUACGCCAGUCUCUCCUCCUCGGUGACGCUGGUCAUCUGGAGCGGCUCAGACAGCAGCUGGACGCCGUUCAAUCCGCCGUGGAGACGCUGGACCACUUCCUGGCCACCCUGAGAGACAUCAAGGCUGAGAGUCCAACGCUGCUGGCAGACCGAGACCCCGACGAGCGUAAAAAUGAAACACACAAGAGACACUCUUGGCAGGCAGCGUUGGAGAGGUGGAAGGCUGCUAUGGAGCAGUCCCAUGUUGUUGACAGCAGCUUAAAGGCAGCAGGGAUGACUCUGACCAUGGAUGGUGCUUCUGUGACAUGUAGGGACGUGGCAGCCUUUCUGUCCCAUCAAAUGAGAGCCAAGAGGCGAGAGGGAGAGAAAGAACUAGAUAUUCUGGAAAAGAGUGGCAUCCAAAGCAGCAACGACGUGGAGGAACCGAGAUUUGCUCCAACUGUGACAGAAGAAGAGUCAACACUGGAGGGUGAGAAGAGGAAGCAGGAACCAAAAAUACCAAAAGAGGGCUUCUUGCAAAGAAGCCAGAGCAGUCUUGCUGGGAAAGCUGGAAACGAGCAUCAAGGUUUGCUCCAGAGGAAGUCUGCCUUGUUAGCAGCGCUGAAAGAGACCAAAGCAGCAGCUGAGAGGCUGGAGCUGCUGGAGCCGACGCUGCCGGCGCUGCAGCACAGGACGCGGGCUUUGACGGAGCUGGAGAGUUUUCUUGCUGGCCUUGACUCUGAGGUUCAGUACGUUCAUGAUGCGUCUUCAAAAUCAGAUUUCCCCCAGGAGAAUCAGAGCAGAGAGGUGGAGGAUCUCUGGGAGGAGACGAGGAAAGCCACAUCAGAACGGCUGCAGCAGGCUCAGGUCCUGACUGAACUGCUCAGGAGGUUUCAGAUCAUGCGAGGGGAGCUGAACGGGAAGCUGCUGACGGCUGAGGCAACCAUAGGAGAACAAGCCUCCUACGUCGGAAAAGAUUACCUGCAGAGGCUGUACGCAAAGGUUGGAGAGACGAAAGAGGAGAUGAACGGUCUGGGAGACGACAUAGAGGAGACGCGCAGCGUCUGCAGACAGCUGCAGUCUCUGCUGCGUCAGGUCCCGGGCUGCAGCAGUUCUCCGUUUGAGAACGAAGCCGAUGCGCUGAUGGACCGCUGGCUGGAUCUGUCUGAAAGAACGGAUUCCCACCUUGAAAACCUCCAUCUUUGCUUGACCUUAUGGGACGGCGUCCUGCAGCUGGGGGACGAGGUGGAGAGCUGGACCAACAGCAGAACCACGGCGCUUUCCCAGGGUCCGACUUUCCAGACUGAGGACGACAUUAAGGCUCUGCAGAAUGAGAUAAUGACCCAGGAGGAGAGUACACGGCGUUUCCACAGAAAAGCUGCAGAGAUUCAGUCGCUGCUUCAAAGCGCAGAGCCCCCUCUGGAGCUGCAGGUUGUAGAGACCCAGAUGAGAAAGAAAAUAGAGCAACUGAAGGAGCUGUUUUUGGAAAGUGAGGAGGUGUAUAAGCAGACGGUGGCCACAGUGGGACAAAUUACCGAAAGGAUGGCAGAGUCUCUCAGCUCCCUCCAGAAGAUUCAAGACUCGCUCCGCAGUCUUUCUGCUCCAGACGUUGCAACAGUCCUGGCGAAACUCAAGGAAUUAUGUCGGCGGCUUCAGACCGAAGAUGAACGAGCGCAGAGUUUACUGGAGGAUGUGCAGGUUGUGGCCUCCAUCGUCGGCCCAGACGGCCUCCAGAGUCUGUCUGCCAGAGGGAUCGAGCUGGAGGAGAAGCUCAGAAACACACAUCAACUUUUUUCCCAGGUGGAGGAACAGACCGAGAGGAACGUCCACCACCUGGACAGGCUGCAAACGGAGACAGAGCAACUGGAGAAGUGGCUUUGUGCAGCUGAGGAAGAUGCACUGAAGACAAAGAAUCUGAGUUUUCUGCAAAAAGAAGUUCUUCAGCAAAGAGGGAGGACAGAGCGUAUUGCUGAGCUCAUAUCAAUUUUAAGAAGCAGUAACCUGCAGCAGUGUGUGCUGCUGCAGCACAGCUGCGAUCUGCUGCAGCGAUGUCACAACUUCUGCACAAACCUGGGAGGCGUUUCUGAGGAGGCGCCGCCCAGCAAGAGUAACGAUUCAGAAGCAUUUCAGCGUUUGGUUGAAUCCGUUCAGUCAUGGUUCGAUGAUCUGAGUGACGGUGGAGAAAUUAAAACUUCAGCAGAGCAAAGACUUCAUCAUGCUCAGGCUGUGUUAAGAGCUACAACUGGAGCGGAAACGCGUCUGGAGGAGCUCAGAGUUACUGGAGAGAGUCUGAGCCAACGAUUGUCUCCAGAACUGAAACGAGACGUUCAGGUGAAGAUCCAGAAAACACAACAACACUGGAAGAACCUUCUGGAAUCGGUUCAGCUUUAUUUCAGGGCACUGGAAGAUGAUUUGGAGCUCUCCUCUGCCUACCUGACCAGCAGGCAGGAGGCUUCCUGCAGAGUGGAAGAGCUGCAGCACCAGGCGCAGCAGCUUCCAUCUUUAUUCCCCUGGCCGGGCUCAGCCGAGCGAGAGCAGGCCUGCCUUCUCGCCCGGCAGCUGCGGGCUGAAUCUGAAUCACUGAAAUUAACCUUAAUCAGCCUGGAUGAGAAAAGGAUGGAGCUGGCAGAGAAAACCAGGAACGCCAUCUGGAAAGAUCCCUCCUGGGAUGAGUUAGAAACCCGUUGGUCGGCACUUAUGGCAGAAGUGAAGGGUUUGUGCGCCCACCUGCAGAAAGGUUUGAGUAAUGAGGAGCAGUUCGGCCGGCUGCUGCAGGCCUGCCACCAUCACUUGACAACCCUUCAACAGAGGAUGACGGCUUGUCAGACCCGAGCAGAAAGCUCCGGUGGGCUGACCUCUGAUGCAGCAGCUCUGGAGGCUUUGCUGAAACAAGCAGCAGAAAUUGAAAAGGAGCUUUUAGUGCUCAGGGAUUCCCUCGCAGCCAGCUGCACAGCAGAAGCCCAAGCCAGCCUUUCAGAGCAAAUCAGUAACCUCCACGACCACAAGAGGGCGAUAGAGCGAGCAAUCCCUCUGCAGGAAGAAGCCUCCCUUUUACAGGCAGAUGUAAGAGAUCUCGCCAAAAAUGUGGAGGAGCUGUCUGUGCUGCCAGACGUCUUCCAGCUGACGCAGCAGUGGCGUUCAAUACAGGGGUGGGAUAAAAAACUGACACAGCUGGAGAUCAGAGCUAAUGGCCUGCAGAGGACAAGGGAAACACAGGAAGUGCUUCCUGCAGAAGGCAUUUUUACUGUCAGUGCUGUUCGGAAGGAGCUGCUGAGCCUGAGGUCAGUUUUUAACCAGAAAAAGGAAGAAUGUGUGGAAGUAACAGGUGAAGUAGUGAGAGGCGUCAUCAGAGAUCUGCAGCUGUGGAUCCAAGCAGCAAAAGUUCAGAGGUCGUCAUCAUCCAGUCAGGCGGUUCUGGAUGAAGGUUUACAGCUUCAAAACAAACUUUGCGACGUUCUUUCCCAGCAGAACAUUCUGGUAAAUUGUCUGGGUGAAGAAAUGACGAAAACUCUGGUGGAAAACGCUUCAGAGGUUUUGAUGGAAAGUCGAGGCCUGGUUAGUCAAAUGCAAACAGAAAAGCCAAACGGAGGUGAUGAAGGCUGUUUAAGGAAAGAAGAAAAAACCGCAGAGUUUUGUGAUCCCAACUCAGACGGACGCCAAGAUGACCGGGAAACGUUACUCAUCCCAACCAAACUGCUCACUUUUCAAUCAGGAGUAUUGAAGGAUGAAACUGAUGCCACUAAACCGGAUCAAGAAAACAUCCCUGUUAUUUGUACAGCAGCUUCUUUAGACAAUAUUCCAACCCUGCGUUCAGAAAGUCCAGAUGUUUUUGGGUCAAAUGAGCCGAAAACAUCUGAUUCAGGAGAAAUUAGCCAUCGGAUUGCUGUUGAGUCAAUGGACGUGAUAGUUACUGAGACAACGAUAAACCGUGAAGAAGCCUUCGUUUUAGAACCGUCUUAUUCAGACAAAAUCAACAAAAUCAAAUUACCGAUUGUCUUAUCCCCGGAGGAACCGACUGAAGCAACCAUUCCUGAGAUUAACGACCAGUCCGAUCCUCUGCCGAUCCAUUCAGAGAGUCCUGGUGCCUCAAAAGAACAUUCUGAUGUCUCAAACAAAGUAUGUACGGUUGAACCGGAAACGGAAAAUGAAGAAACGGAAAAAGAGCCGAUUGAAAUCACAGAAAAAGCAGCUAGAUUUUCCACAGAUUCAGCCCAGUCAGACUCGAACCAAACACCCUUAAAAACCUGCAUGAAAGCUGCAAAACCAGAGACUUUCCAUGCAGGUGCAAGAGAACAAGAUGAGCAUAAUGGGCAAGUCGGGGAAAGCCAAGAUAAAGUGUUCACUGUAGUUUUGGAGCUGCAGUCGUUUGACAUACAGCAAAGCGGAUAUGUAGGAGAUCUGCACUGUGAAACAAGUUCAAACGCAGGAUUUGAGACGAAACCAAGACUCAACCCACAAUUAGAUGGAAAACCUGCAGAGCAAAAAGGUUCAAGCAGGCAGUCAGAAAACAAAGAGACUCAACCAACCCAGGCAGUAAAACACAAUGAAGGUCUGACUCUAUCUAAAUCUGACUCCAAAUGUGAGUUUGGCGUUGAAACAGGUGAAAAAUCCCCAGUCAGCACAUCUUGGGUGACUGCCUGUCAGCCGUUGGGAGAAACUGUGCCUCCUGCAGAGGAUUCGCUGCCAAAUCGAGAUGAAACCGAAACAGAAACACAAACUGACGCAGCUGACAAACAACUGACAGCCAGCGGCAGGUCAAUGAGCAGAGGUGGAGCAGGUGAGGAGGCGGCACGAGGAGGAGCCGACGACUCCGAAUGUACAGAACGCCCUGCAACACCCACAGGACAAGAUGGAGCGCUGAAAGAAAUGCUGUUGCCACUGGGAAAGCUUCAGAGCCAAAAAGUCAUGGAGUCGGAGCGGAUCCCGCCGGGCUCGGCGUGCGGCCCCGGCGCUGAAGUGUUGACAGGUGGAUCAGCAGGAAGCCACAACUACAGCUCCGUCUUGCAGGACGGUUUAUCAGACAUUCAGGCCUCGGUGGAGCAAAGCCACAUUUUACAGAAAAUGCCCCAUCUGGACCUGAGUUGGUCCCUGACGUCUUCGCCUGGUGAUGCAGACAUUCGAUUAGCACGAACAGUUCAGCGGGUUCUUGCUUGCCGUUAUCAGCCUGCAAGCCUCAACGUUACAGCUAUGGCUAAACAGCAGGAGGAAGCGCAGGAGUACAGGCGAUGCGUGCAGGAGCAAGUGGCUUCCAUUAAAAGCAACGUGACGACGGUUUCAGACCCAAAGGCCUCAGGAAGAGCGGAGGGAGACUGGAGCUCAGCCCUGCUGGACGCCUCGGCCACCGUUCAGGUCAAAGCAGCUCAGCUGGAUCUGGUCAAGCAGUACCACCUGCAGAAGAACAACACCAGAGCUUUCCUGGAGGUUGUAGCAGCAGAGAAAGAAAAGAUGAGCUUAAGUGUUUUGGGAAGCAGUUCCCUUCAAGAGGAAAAACUGAACGCAUUGCUGCAGACCAUGGAGCGGAAGAAGUCAAUGCUGGAAGAUUUGCUCUGCCUGAGCAGCCAGCUGUCAGCCCACCUGAGUGAUGCGGAGAGUUCAGGUGUCCUCGUUGCUCAGCUUGGUGACAUUCAGGAGGAAUGGAGGCUUCUUAAAGCAAGCAUCAAAAGAGCGCAUCUCCAGGCAUCAAAUUCUGCAUCUCAGUUAAAACUCGUUUUAAAAGAAGCUGCUGAGCUUAAAGCCAAACUUGAAGUUCUUUUAAAAUCUGAAACUGACAACAUAAGUUGUUUAGACUUAACUUGUCUGAGCACAGAGCUGAAAAUGUGCAACCAGCUUCUCCUGCAUUUACAGUCCCAGGCCGGCGCCCUCAUCUGCUUUUCUCUGGGUCAGAAAGAAAAAGCUGUGAUUGAAGAAAAGAUUCAGGACCUGAAAUCUUUGCUCUGUGUCACUAAGCAGAAGCUCGACUCUUUGCCAGAAAUUUGUGGAAGUGGAUCCAAAAGUAAAAUCAACAAGCAACUGCAGGACUUGAUCAAUUUGACAAAACAAGCAGAAAAUCAUGUCUUUACUGGGAAAGCGUUGUCCGUUUUUCCUGAGCAGGCUCGUCUUCAGAUUGAUGAAAUGAGGAAAUCUCACAUGGAAACUUUAUCCAGACGAAGCGAGAUACAAAUGCAGGUUGGAGAGCUAAAGAGUAAAGCUACUGAAAUAGAAAAUCAGGAGUUAAUAAAGGCUGUAGAGCUGCAUGAAACUGUUGCUGACAGGUUGGGUCGUGUUCUUGAAGACAUGAAAAAAGGUCUUGUUGAAAGAGAGAAGGUUAUGUGCGAGUUUGGUAGGUUGGAUGUCUGGGUAGAAGAAACGUACAUUAAAAGAGAAACCCGCAUCAACGUUGCGAAUGUUUCAAAAGCUGACCUCGGUAAAUUGGAAAUGGAGCUAAAAAGUCAUCAAUUAGCAGCAGUGGAGCUGGAGACCCAACUCAAAUUAGUGGACGCACUUUCAGAAAGUUGCACAAAAUUAGCCGUUGAGCUGAGUCCUGCAGAGAGCCGCUACCUCUGCAACAGGCUUUCAGGCCUUUGGGCAGAAUUAGACGGACUGCUAGCUCAUGAGAAAGCUACCUGCUGGGAGUUAGAGGAGCUAAUUCAUGAGAGAACAUCUUCCAAUGAGGCGUUAGCUACCAUUCAGGCUAACUUGGAUCAAACAUCUGCUGAUCUGGAGAAGCAGAAGUUCCCUUUGACCAAAGAGAUGCUGUUAGUUAUUACUCAGUUGGAGCACAAGCUAAUGGAGCAUCAGUGGGAAGUUCAAGAGCUGCAGCAUUGCCAGGAGGACCAGAGAAACUCUGUGCUCUGCUCUAUUGGUGAACUGCAAGACCAGUGCAAAGCUCUCAGAAAAAACACUGUGGAGCAAGAGAAAUAUGUUCACCUCAGAGGACAAAUGGAGGAAUCCAUGGAAAUCGCCAAAACUCAACUCCAGGAGGCUAAAAACCAAUCGGUGAGCGCGGCCGAGAGGUUCAGGUUGAGUCAAACGCUGCUGGUCGAACUGGCGAUGAUCAACACCCUUUGCCAAGAGACGGCGGAUCAGCUGGAGGCGAUCGCCAGUGAGUUAGAGCCGUCCGAGCUUAACGCAGAGAAGAAGAGGCUUCAUGACAUGAUGGAAAAGCUGAUCUGCUGGGAGCAAUCUGCCACCAAUCACAUCAAAAAUCUGGAGGCCGAGCUUUUACCAGGUCUCCAGUUCAAGUUUGAGCUUCCGGCAUUGAUGGAUCUGUUGCAGAGAGCUAACAGGCAACUGGAAGGAACCAAAGAAGUCAAACCAGAUGAGAAAGCAACAGAUGAUGCAGUGAUUCAGUGUUGGGUCAUCAGGAGAAAUGUAGAGUCUGGGAUGAGAGUGUUGGAAGGUCUGGCACAGAGAGACAAGAUUAGGCUGGAAAACUACAGUGAGCUGUAUUCUCUCAGAGACGCAGUGAUGCAACAGUCCCACUCAUGGAUGGUCAGUCUGUCUCAGGCCAGGGAAUCCCUUAAAGAUUACCAGUGGGCUGCUCAGGAAGCAAUAAACUUCCUCCAUAAUGCUGAGGCGACCUUCCUGUCCGCUCCCGGAGGUUUUUUGGAUUGCACCCAGGAGCAGAGACAAACCCAACAGGCUUUGGAAGCUCUUGAAAACGGCUUUCAAGCUCAUAUAAGCCAUCUGAUGGAGCGAGUGCCGCAGGAAGGCUGUCUCUCACGUCCGGAGACCGAGCUCCUUCACAUCAACGUCCUCAGCCAGUUGUUAGUUGGAAGAGCUGUGCUGGAAGCUCAGGCAAAACUCAGAGUGGAGCAGUUGCAGAGGUGUGAAAUAAGACAGAGAACCCAUAGAAAGUGGCACGAAGACAUCAAACAGGAAGUGUUGCAUUUUGAAGCCAAGCUUUCAGAAUGUGCAUCAGAGAAAGUCACAUCAUUUGAUGAGUGUAUCGAUCAGCAGAAGAGCGUGAAGGCUCUGAAGGAAGACCUUCGUAACCUCGCCGGGAAGAUGGCUGACCUAAAAGCUGGAUGUCCGACGCAGGGUUGUGGCGUCGGGAAGGACGGCGAGCACGGCGCCCUCUGGAGGCGCUGGACGUCAUUACGACGACGUUUGGGCCUCCUGUUGGUUCUCACAGAACAGAAGGAAGAGGAAUGGAAGGACGUCACGACAAGUAUAGAGGAAAGUUGCAACUAUUUGUCCGGUCUUCAGGAUGAACUUCCAGGCUCUUCCACUAUGAGUUUCUCUCAGGAAGAACCUCAGGAGCUUCUGGCCAAAAUGGAGCAGCAGCAGCUGGCCUUAUCUUCACUGAAGCAUCGACUGGAGCACGCUUUGGGCUUAUCCUCUUCCCAAGGCUGCGUCCUCCCUGGAUCCGCUGGAAAAUCCCUGGAGAAUAUCCAAGACAGCAUCUGGAGCUUGAAAGAGAGAAGCCUGCUUCUCAUGGCUGCAGCGCAGGAAGAGGAGAAAGAGAGAAAAGAAGCUGAGGAAGAAAUACGAGACGUUGAGAAAAAAGUGUUUGAGAUUUUACCAGAACUGGAAACGAGUUCAAACCCAAGCAAAACGCAGGAGCUGCAGGAAAACGUUAUCUCUCUGAAAACCCAACUGAAACACAUCCUGGACACCUGGGGGCGCCGACACGCAGAAAUCCCGGCAGAUAUCCGAAAAAAGAUCCAAAAUGUGGAACAAUCCGUCCAGAAAGCAGAAGAAAUGCUUUUGGAGACGGACAACCCGAUCAGGAAGCUUUCACGCAGAGUCAGGGAUCUGGGUUCUGGUCUGGAGAGAGUGAAAUCUUUACUGGAGCAGAAAAGUCCGACAAUCAGAGAAGCUCAGCGUGUCCUGAAGUGUGUGUGGGACGAACUGGACGCCUGGCACAGCAGCCUGAUGCUCCUGGAGAGCGAAGUGCAGGACGUCGCGGAGGACCAGCCGGAUGAGGCCCAGCUCCUGGUGGACCAGCUCACAGAACCGCUGCAGCUCUACCAGAACGCAUCCCGCCUGGCUGAGCACCGAACCGCCUUCCUCAACAAGAUUCCCGCCUGCCUGCAGGAGUUUGAAGACAUUUCUCACCGAGCCGCUUGCUGGUUGGAUGAGGCCCAAUUAUGGCUGGCACUGUGCAAAUCAACCAACUCAGCCAAUCAUGUCAUAUUCAGGUCAGAGUUGAUUCUGGAAGACUCUGACAGGAUCAGACACACCCUGCAGGUGUUUAGGUCGGGCCUGGCGGAGAUCUCUGCCGUGUGCGACGUCAGCGCUCAGGAAGAGAGGCUGGACCAAAGAGACCAGCAGGUUCUGGAAAUGCAGCAGACCAUCGUCGAGCCACUCGACCAUCUCCAGCAGGCCGCUGCGAUAGUGGAGGUGGUUGAAGCUGACAUUAGGGCGAUGGAGAAAAACGUCUCAAAAUUCAGGGACAUUUUACACUCGAUGGAUGAUGCAGACGUAACUCAGGCUGAACGUCUUCACAGCUGUGAGGAGAUCCAGACCCAGAUUCAGUCGAUGCAGAAGAGCUUGGAAGACAUGGAGAGCUGGAAAGAGGAGGUCCAUCUCCCUGAAGGAGCAGAAAACCUGGUGAUCUUCUCCAAAGCCAGAACGCUGCUCCAACAGCUGGAUGGGCUGGAACAAAUCAGCAGAGAGAAAAGCUGUUUGCUGGAGAACAAAAAGGAAGAAGAAGAAACUACCGAGAAUCUUAAUAUUAUGUCAGAUUCAUCUGAAGAGAUGGAGAACCCUGCACACAGACGCUUUUUCCAGGAGGCUUUUGAGGUGUAUGUUAUAGAGGAAGAGGAGGAUGAAGGAGAUGAGAGUUGUGACUCUUCCUCCUCUGACACACUAACAUGCAGUAUUCCAGAGGACCUGGAGGAGACGCUUAAUCUUCCAGAUGAACGAAGGGAGGACAUGGAGGAGCAGAGUGCAUCUUAUCAGGCUGAAAACAGUUCAGACGAACCUGGAAUCAGUGUUUUACAUGUGAAAUCUGGACUCGAUGACAGUUUUGGACCCGCAUCUCCAAAACUGGACUUUGAAGAAGUAGAGGAUGACGUAAAAGACGAACACGUUACAGGAUCCUCAGAGCAGAAAAUGGCCGACGUUGAUCCAUCGUGUUUGAUGGAAGCUGCUGUGGGAGACACCAGGCUGAUUCCUUCAAGACCCAUAACUCCUUUUUGCUCUAAAAAAGCCUCAGACGAGCUGAGAGAGGAGGAAGAUAAACGUCUGUCUUCGUCCUCGGCCGUCCUUUCACACCUGGGAGUGUUAAACAAACAGAAGGAGCAAAAACAAGUCAGUCCAAGUUCAGAAUCUCAGGAAACUGAAGCAUCAUUUGGCUCUCCUGAUGAUGAUGAUGAUGAUGUAGAAAAUCAGCACUGGACUCAUAUUUGCUCCCAUAUUGGGAAAAAAGUGAGCGCUCUGAGGAAAGUUUUGGAGGAGAAGCAAAACAUGAUCGGCACUCAAGACAGAGGAAAAAAGAAAACGGUUCCAGGAGAAGAGCCCAUGUCUGCAGCAUCUGUUUCAUCGGUUCUUCAGCAAAUAAAAGACACAAACGUUAAGCUGAGACAAACGUUACACGAGGUGAAGGCCUCGGGUUCUUCUCAUCCAGGAGCGAAGAAGAAGUUCGGCGAGGCCGUGCAGAGCGUCGUAACGUGUCUCGACUCAUCGGCCGACCUGCUGACCCCUGAUGAACCUGCAGCGGCGGAUCCUCGGCUGAGGCUGCUGCAGCUGGAGAGUUUAUGGGCCCAGUUGGAGCCGUUCGCUGAGCUGCUGGGUGAAGUGGAAGCGCAGAUCAAACCCGCUGUGCUGAUGGGAGAAUCAGACGCUCACAGCUGUUUGGCGUCGCUGGACGAUUCUGUCCAGACGGUCCAGCUUCUCCUCACCUCCUCCCACAAUCGGCUGCUUGAACGCUCAGGGCUGCAAAGCCAACAUCAGUCUCUUCCCUCCUGCCAGCCUCGUCUCCUGGAUCCGUUUGACCCGGGACUUUGUGAGACCUUCCCAAACCUGAAAGGUCCGCUCAGCUUGGAGUGUGAGCCGGGCGGAAAAGAGGAACUGCAACACGCCUCCCAAUGCUUGCUUCAGGGGAUUUCUCGCCUCUUGAAACGGUGUGAGGAGAGUUUAACAGAAAAGCGGACGAGCCUUAUUCCCAGCCGCAGCAAACUUCAAGCUGAUCUCUGCAGACACAAGAAACUCCUCCAGGUCCUCGGAUCCCAGCUGUCUUUUCUUCAGUACCUUUUCCAGCAUGAACCUAAUGCACUUAGCAGCAAACAGGAUGAAUGGGCACAUCUGGAAGUCAGGGCCAAAGCUCUGCAGCAACAAGUUCUGGAAGAAGAAGUGGCUUCUCAGAAGAGGCUUCGGGAUUGGACCCACUGGGAGCAACUUUACGGUCAACUUAGCAGCGUGUUGGAUGAGUCUGAAGCUUUUUUUAGCGCUGGAGAACCAGAGGGAGACGAUGAGGAGGAGACGGUGGAGCGGAGGCUACAUGCCUGCAAGCGGACUCUGACCCGGCUGGAGGAGAGCCGCUCCGUGUUGGGGUCGUUUUUGGAUCACAGGCUGGUGCUGCAGGCAGAGCCGUGGUUCGGUGCCUCGGUUGUACAGGAAGGGGGCGCUCUGGAGCUGCGAUGGAAAGGCGCCUACAGGCGUACGGAGCAACAAAUCCUCCGCCUAAGAAACAUCCAGGAAAGCAGAGCCAGAUUCCUGGCAGGCGUUGCUUCGGUCGGUGAGCGUCUGCUGGCCGCCGGCGAACACCUGAAGACUUCCUCAGACCUGAGUCAGGAACCCGUUCAAAGGCGACUGCUGGAGCUGCUGGACGUUUUCGUGGAGCUGGCAGCCACUUCCAAGGAGACCAGUGGGCUUGUCCACCUGAGGGACGCCAGGUGUCCCAAACUGAGAAGUCAGAUCCCACAGCUGGAGGCCAGCUGCAGCCAGCUGACCUCUGACCUUUCCAAGAUGCUGGAGCAUCUGCUGCAGCGCCUGGAGAACGAACAGCCACCACUGAAGCUGCUGUAUGAACUGGAGAACUGGCUGAAAGAAACGGAAACUCGGCUCAGCCGGGAGAAGAAGAGAGUCCUGACGGCUAAAAAUGCAGCUGAGAUGGUUGAAAUUCUGCAGCAAUGUCAGGCGUUAAGGACAGCUGUCGACAACUGUGAGCAACUCCUUGAUUUUAUGUCCGAGCCUGGGUCCAAAGUGGCGGGAGCAGACGUCCCGGCUCGCCGCCUGGAAUGCACGACCUUCGCAGAAAACCUCGGCGGCGUCAGGCAGCAGUGGCUGCUCCUGCAGAGGGAGCUGGACAGCCAGAUUUAUGAAGUUGAACACAUCCAUCACACUUGUGCAGAACGAGAGAGACGUCUGCAGAAACGGCAGGAAUGGACAGAGCAGCAGAAGAAGAGGAUGAGUCAGUGGAAACGGCCCUGCAGUCAAACCCUGGCUAGCUGCUCUCUGCUGGAGUGGGAGGCUGAAGUUGCCAGAAUCCAGCAGGUUUCUGCAGAGCUGCAGGAUCUGGGAGAAGGAAGAAGAAGGUGUUAUGGGAAGGAAGGGAAGCUCCUGUGGGAUGAGAUCUUCUCCAGCCAAGUAGAGAGCGUGAGGCGGACCUGUGUUGAUCUUCAUCAGCAGAUGGAAGAUCUCAGAGCGGAUCUCGAACAGUCGGUGGAGAAGUGGAGUUGUUUCCGUAGAGCUCUGGGGGGAGUUACUUUGUUGACCACAAGGGUGCGCUGUGCCCUGCAGCAGCAGCAGCGAACGCCUCUCUUCUCCCUGCAGCAGGCUGAAGGAAAGUCAGACCGCCUGCAGGACCUCCAGGUGAAGGCGGAGGAAGACGGAGAGCAGCUUUGGAUGGAUGUGGACGAAUCCUGCGGGACGCUGAUGGAGACGCUGCAUGAUGCGUCAGCGCAGCUCAUUAGGGAUGAAGUAGAGGAGCAGCGAAAUGGGUGGAAGAAAAUACUCCAAGAUAUAAAAGAGGAGCAUAAAACCACCAAAGACAUUUUCUCCCUCUGGCUUGAAUACUCGAAUCUGUCUGAGCGCUUUUCUCUCCGUUUGCAACACCUGAGGAAUGAGUGGGAGGAGUUAUCAAGUUCUUCACCUGGAAAUGACGCAGAAACCACAGUCUGCUCCUUCAAGAGGUUGCAGGAUGCUGCUGAUGAGCUGCAAAGUGAUGCAGGAGAUGUGCUGGCAGCAUCCAAAGCUCUUGUUGGACGAGUCGAACCUUUAUCUGCAAAUUUAAUCAAAUCAGAAGCCAGGUUGUUGAGUCGCGAUGUCCUGCUGCUGAACCAAGCUAUAGUGGGAAAAAAGAGAAAUCUGGAGGACGAUUUGGAGCGAGAGAGACGAUUUAAAGCUCAGCUGGAAGCACUUGAGGAACAGAUGCAGAACUUGGUUUUUAAACUGCGUGGGGGCGCAUGUGAUGCAGACACUCUGGAGCAGGUUCUUCUGGAUCUCAGUGACAUGACUCCGUCACUGGUGGACGUUAAAGAGAUGAGUGGCAACAUAACCCUCAACAACGAGGAGAUGGAGAGAGUUCAGUCCCUCAGCAGGCUGUGGGCAGAAACCGUUACAAAGGCAACAGAUGAAAACAUAGUUUUGCAAGAUGAGCUUCAGAGCGGCUAUAAUUUUGAAGAAAAAUGUGAAAAAGUGAAAACGAUCCAGGAAUACCUGCAGCAAGAAUCAGUUUGCAGAAAAGAUCUGAGUCACUCAAACCUUAAAGAGAUGCUGGCUGUCAAUCAGAAACUUCAGGUUCAGGUCAUAAAGGGGCAUCAGCUCCUCCAGAACCUCCUGUGUGACGCCUUCAACCUUAUGGAAAAACAAACGGAGGACAAAAGAUCUGAGCUCACCGUUCAAGUGGCGUGUCUGAAGCAGAGCUGGGCCGAUUCUGUGGCUCUCGCUGCACACAACUGGACCUCAACAAAGGAGCAUGUGCAGCAUUGGAGAAUUUACCAACACGGUUUGAAAUUUCUGAAGAAGCUGUUUAGAGAGGUGGACUCUCUCCUGCCCCCUAGUGGACCGGAUCUUUACACGGUGCAGAAGCUGCAGAACUUAAACGUUUAUGAGCUUAUUGAAGAAUCUCUAGAUCUGCACUGCUAUGUCUACGCCCGGACUAUUGAAGCUGGGAAACACUUGUGCGAAAUUGUUACAGAGUCAGAGAGUCGGACCCAACUGCAGUCAGAGCUUCAGGAUUUACAGAAAGUCUGGGAGCGAACCACCUUACUGCAAAGAAAAAAUAAAGAUCUGCUUAAUAACACUGUCCAGAUGUGGUCUCAGUGUCAGAAAGCAGCAAGCAGCAUCUCCUCUGAACUGGAGAAAGUUGACAAUCUGCUUGCAGAAAGACCGGCAAACUCGGAGGAGGAGGCGCACAUCCAGGAGGCUGAGCUCUCUCUGCAGCGUUUGGCCGGCGGACUGAGGGAACUGGCCACCAUGAAGACAGACCUGUCCCAGUACGUGGCGGCCAGUGACUCGGCGCUGCUGGAGCAGCAGCUGGAAAUGCUCCACGCUCAAUGGGAAGAGCUGUGCACCAAGGUGUCCUUACGCAGACAGGAAAUUGCCGACCGCCUGAAUGCCUGGACCAUUUUCAAUGAUAAAAACAAAGAGUUCUGUGAUUGGCUGACUCAGAUGGAGAACAAGGUGUGCCACAGCGCAGAUCUGAGCAUCGAGGAAAUGGUGGAGAAACUAAAAAAGGACUGCAUGGAGGAAAUCAACCUGUUCAGUGAGAACAAGAGCCAUCUGAAGCAGCUGGGGGAGCAGCUGCUGUUCGCCAGCGACCAGGCCAAGCAGACCCAGGUGCGCGGCUCGCUACAGGAAGUCAAUCAGCGAUGGAACAAUCUCUUUCAGCACAUCGAAGCCAGGGUGAGGAAGCUGAAGGAGACUCUGGUGACGGUGCAGCAGCUGGAUAAAAACAUGAGCAACCUUCGCUCCUGGCUUUCUCGCAUCGAGGCUGAGCUUUCCCGGCCGAUCACCUACAGUGUCUGUCAUGAGAAUGAGAUCCAGAAGAGGCUCGCCGAACACCAGGACCUGCAGAGGGACAUGGAGCAGCACACCGAAGGCGUUGCGUCCGUCCUCAGCCUGUGCGACGUUCUGCUGCAGGAUGAGGACGCAGCAGGCGGCUCCGAGACGGAGAGCGACUCCCUGCAGGAAACCAGCCGCAGCCUGGACCAACGCUGGAGAACCAUCUGUGCCCUGGCUCUGGAUAGAAGACUCAGAAUCGAGGAAACUUGGACUUUGUGGUGCAAGUUCCUCAACGACUACUCCCGCUUUGAUGAUUGGCUCAAGAUGGCGGAGCGAACUGCUGCCAACCCAAAUUCUGCAGAUGUCCUCUACUCUGCAGCCAAGGAAGAGCUGAAGAAGUUUGAGGGUUUCCAAAGGCAGGUUCAUGAGCGCCUGACUCAGCUGGAGUUCAUCAACAACCAGUACCGCCGCCUGGCCCGGGAGAACCGCACCGACCGAGCCAGCCAGCUCAAAGCCAUGGUCAGAGAGGGAAACCAGCGCUGGGACAGCCUGCACCGCCGAGUGGCCUCCAUAUUACGCCGGCUGAAGUAUUUUACCAGCCAGCGGGAGGACUUUGAAGGCACCAGGGAGAGUAUGCUAGUUUGGCUGACGGAGUUGGACCUGCAGCUCACAAACGUGGAGCAUUUCUCCGAGAGCGACGUCCAUCAGAAGAUCCAACAGCUCAAUAGCUUCCAAAAGGAGAUCAGCCUGAACACUGAACGCAUUGACGGGUUGAUAGUGUUUGGUGAGGCUCUGAUCCAGAAAAGUUCAGCUCAGGAUGCGGCUCUGAUAGAGGAUGAGCUGGAGGAGCUUCACUCCUACUGCCAGGAGGUUUUCAGCAGGCUGGUCCGCUUCCACCAGCGCCUCAGCCAACCUCCGAUGAUCAAGGAGGAACCAGACAUCUCUGACCUCACCGUUUCCCUGGAGUCGAGCUUGGAGCUGAUUGGUCGGCCGUGGCUGGGGCGGAGCCAGGCGAGUCUGCCAGCCACGCCCACUCACCUGCUCAGCUCUCCUUUGGAUCGCUCAGGGCGGGAGACGCCGGUGAGCGUCGACUCCCUCCCUCUGGAGUGGGACCACACCGGAGACGUGGGAGGGUCAUCAUCACAUGAGGAUGAGGAGGAAGAGGAAGAACAGGAUGAGGAAGGGGCUUACUUCAGCGCAUGCUCAGUUUCCAGCCUGUCUCUGGCUGUUCGCGAUUGUUCAUGGAGAACACCAGAAGCCACAGAAGCUCAGCCGGAUCCAGAAGGACACGCUGAGCCGACUCCCGCUCUGACCAGCACGCCUCUGAAGCAGGGUUAUCUGCGGCUCAUGUCUCAGUGCAGCGGGAGCAUCGAGAACAUAAAGAGAGUUUCUCUGAUCCUCGAUGACGAGGAGCAGCCAGAGGAGUUCGGCUUGACGGGCCUGAAUGCCUCAGACAGUCAGUCAGGUGUGAUCGAACGCUGGGAGCUGCUCCGGGCUCAGUCCAGAUGCAGCCAGCAGUCUGGCACGCUGGAUCCUCAGCAAAUGACCUUUGAUCUGGACGACGUCACUUCCUGGCUAGAAAGCAUGAUCCCUGAGUUGGAGCGCCUCUCGCAGUCUGAACCUGCAGGCAGCAUAGAGGACAUGGAGGCCAGAGCCAAAGAGCUGAAGGAAAUGGAGAAAGUGUUUUGCCACUACAAGGCCAUCAUGCUGUCGGUGAACCUGCAGGCGAAGGAGGCUCCAGAAACGCAGGAGAGAGUGGCGAGAGCGAACAGAGACUGGAGCAGAGCGUGUACUGGUCUGCAGCACUGGGACCACAGCCUGAGGAGGAAGCUGAUUCGCUGCCAGGAGUUUCAUGAAACUCUUCAGUCUCUGCUGCUGUGGCUCGCUCAGGCAGAAAGCAGAUGCUACAGCAUAGACAUAAAGCAUCCAGAGACGAGCGUCAGAGACCUGAAGCAGCAGGAAAACACGCUGACGGAGCUGCAGGCGGAUCUGCGCAGCCGGCAGGCACACCAGGCGUCUCUGCAGGCUCUGUGGUCUCAGCUGCAGCCUGAAGAUGCAGCAGAGGACUGCGACGAGGCGCAGGAGAAGCUGCAUGUGACGGGCACCAAGCUGAAGCAGCUCAGGAGGAAGGUGGAGGACGACCUCCGCACCCUGCAGCAGCGCCUGCUGGUCCAGGAUCCCGGCUGUGCAGACGCAGACGUAAAAACAGCCUCCUCCACCCCGAGAAGGGAAUCGUCCCCACCUCGAUCGUUCUUCUCCCGCCUCCUCAGAGCCGCCUUCCCCCUGCAGCUGCUGCUGCUGCUCCUCCUGCUGCUGCCCUGCCUGAUUCCUCUGUCGGACAGCGAGCCGGGCUGCACCCUGACCAACAACUUCGCCUGGUCCUUCUCCCCCAUGCUGCACUACACCAACGGCCCGCCGCCCACCUGACGGCAGCUUGCGUCCAACGAAAGACAUUUCCCAACAAAACAUGGACGACUUUUCAGGAGAAUGUUUUAAAGACGACCUAUUGUGCUUCCUUGGACAGGUUAGAAUUAACAAAACGUUUUCACUGUCAUCAGUAGAGAUUCUAGUUCUGCCUAUUUUCAGCUUCUUCCAGGAUGUUUUAGGAUCUCUGUCGCUUUAAAUCCAAACAAUCUGUGGUUGGCCAUGCCCCAAACGCAACAUUUACGCUAGUAUGUAAAACAGAUUUAUAGCAAUUAUACAACUGUACCUCUUGGAAAAGCAGAAGUAGAGCCUUCUGCACAAUCAACAAGAAUGCAGCAAGUGGUUUCUGGAUGAUAAGUCAACAGCAGCCAUUUUAUAGCAUAUAGAAGUCUGGAAAAAAUUAAAAUGCUCAGUUUCUCUGAUUUUACUCUUCAUAGGUUUAUGUUUGAGUAAAAUGAACUUUAUUUUAUUCUAUGAACUUCUGACAACAUGUCUCUGAAAUUACAAGCAAUAAUUUAGCAUUUAUCUGCAGAAAAUGAGAAAUGGUCAAAAUAACAAAAAAGAUUUAGAACUUUCUCUCAAAUAAUGCAAAGAAAACAAGUUCAUAUUAAUUUAGAAUCAGCAAAACUAAUGAUUUAACUAAAAACGGAUUUGGCAGAAUAACCAGGAGGUUUUGGUUCAGUGCAGGAGGCUCUGAGUUUUUCCCAGAGCUGUAAAACCAGCUGACCAAAUGUGUUGGUUGCUAGUUGACGGUGCAGAGUGAUGAGAUAAUCCGGAGGUUUUUGAAAUGGCUCGUUUUCCAGAUGCCAAAAAAACAGCUGGGUGAUUUUUUUAUGUUUAGAGAAUCAAAUGGAAGUUCAAAAGUAAAUUAGCAAUUGUAUUUAUACCAUUUCUAAACAUUUAGAACUAAAAUCAAUAUAUCUUAAUUAGAUCAACAGUCGUACAUAACUGAGGAAUGUUUUCAAAAUUUUCUGCAAAUAAAAAUCAAAGUUGUUGAAUUGAACUUUGUUUUUCCACCUUUCCAAAUAUGGAAAAACAAAGUUCUGAUUUGUUACACUGGAUUUAGUUUGAAAUGCUCUGCAAAUAUAUUUAUAUUUUUGAUAAUUUUCUAUCACACAGAAUCCCAGUAAAAACUUGUAAGUUUUCAGCUGAAAUGUGACAAAAUGUUACAAUUUCCAAUCAUGUUUGAAGAAUGGUUCAAAACUUGACAUUCUUUGAGAUCGAAUAAUUUUUUUCUCAGCAUUACAUUUUUAUUAACAUGUUUUUAUGCUUUUUCAAUUUGUCAUUCUGAGGCUUAAAAACUCUGAAUCAAAAG